AUGGUUUCCCUUAAAAACAUCCUCUCCUCAAACUCGCGCAUCUCCUCAGACCUUCCAAAAGGCCUAGUAGCCAUAUUCGUUGGUGGAACCUCUGGUAUAGGCGAAUACACUUUAAAAUGCUUCGCGAAAAGAACCUCCAGUCCGCGCGUAUAUAUCAUCGGUCGAUCGCAGAGCGCAGCUAACCGGAUUGUGAGCGAAUGCAAGGCUUUGAACCCAGAUGGGACUUUCGAGUUCAUUCGCGCGGAUGUCGGGCUUCUUAAAGAGGUAGAUGAUGUUUGUCGGCAGAUUAGGAGAAAAGAGGAAUCUGUAAAUAUUCUAUUCAUGACGCAGGGCUCUUUGGCUGCGAAAUAUACAACAACGGAAGACCUACAGCUCGAUACAUCGCUACACUACCACGGCCGCAUGCGCUUCAUUUCGAAUCUCCUUCCACAACUUAAGAAUGCUCCCCAUCUCCGCCGUGUGGUGAGUGUAUUCGGGGCGACAAAUGAAGGUGCGAUACACACGGAAGACUUCCAAGCCCGAAAUCUAGGCUUCAUACCACGCCGUGACCACGUCAGUGCAAUGAUUACUUUGGGGCUGGAGGAAAUGGCCCGGCAAGCCCCCAGUAUCACUUUCAUCCACGAGUUUCCCGGCCUUGUGCAGACCCAAGCUGUGGAUGCAUGGCCUGGUGCGCUAGGAGUCAUUGUGCGAUUCGUUGUCUUCGUCGCCGGGCGAGCGCCAUGUCUUUUGGCCACCAGCUCCCACUACCCGCCGGCUUCUGGGUCUUCUGAUGUAUCUGGUGUCUCUGCAGGGGAUGAGAAGCCGGCGAUUGGGACUGCCGGUGCUACUGGUGGUGGUGUUUACUCGCUUGCGUGGGAUGGUGAAGCUGGCGGGUCGAAGUCGCAGGAGGCGUUGGCGAAGUUGCGGGUUGCUGGGAUGGAUGAGAUGUUGAGAAAACAUACGGAGGGGGAGUUUAAGCGGAUUACUGGAAGUUUGUCCAUCUAG